AUGGCAGAAGAGAGUCAAAACAUUAUAUUUGGUAACUUCACUGAUAAGUGGAAGUUGCAGCGAAAGAUAGGUCACCAAGCCAUUAGAAAUUAUGCUAGCGGCGAAAAUCUAGAAUCUCUUAUACGAUGUGACGCCUUUCCUAGUUUCCAGAGAGCUAUCGCUAAAUACAAUGGAAAGCCAUUCAUUCCGAAAACAUUACUUUACCUGCUCGUAGGUAAUAUCAUUGCUUCCAUGUGUUUUGGAAAGAAAUACGAAUAUGACGACCCUGAACUUCUAAAGAUUAUGGUACUCAUGAACAAUUUGUUUGAAUCUUUUGGGAAUGGACUAGCUGCUGACUUUGUUCCACUGUUCCGUUAUAUACCUACUCCCGGACACAUUGCAAUGAAGAAAUAUAUGAAAGAAUGGUUGAACAUAAUUCAACAUCAGAUCGAUGAACAUAAAGGCAAGCUUGGAAAUGGUAAUACAAAAGUGAAAAGUCUCAUCGAUGACCUUUUAUCAAUUCAGCGUAAAGCAGAGUUGGCUGGAGAAGACCAGGCCAAGCAACUUACAGACGUCAAUCUACGUCAGACAUUGUCUGAUAUAUUUGCAGCGGGAAUGGAAACCACAAUCAACACGUUAGAUUGGAGCAUUGCUUAUCUCACGUAUUACCCUGAUAUACAAUCUAAAGUACAGAGAGAAAUCGAUGACGUCAUUGGAGAUAGUCGUCUUCCAUUGCUAGCUGAUAGGGGUAAACUACCGUACUGUGAAGCCGUUAUGCGUGAGCUCAUGCGAAUACGAACAGUUAUACCAUUUGCCUUGCCUCAUACUACUACGGUGGAUACAUUUGUAGGAGGGUAUGCAGUACCGAAGGAUACAUGGAUUUGGUGUAACCUGUGGAAUGUUCAUAUGGAUGGGAAAUAUUGGGAAGAACCGGAGGACUUUUGUCCAGAACGUUUCUUGCAUGCCGAUGGAGAGAUGCUGUCAAAACGGGAUAGUUUCAUGCCAUUUUCAGCUGGACGCCGAGUGUGUAUGGGAGAAGCAUUGGCUAAGAAUGAACUGUUUCUUCUUUUUACGAGUGUAUUUCAACAGUACACAUUUACUCUGCCAAUAGGCCACAGAAAGCCGUGCUUGAAGCCACACUUCAUCACACAGGUCAUAAAAUGUUGUCCAUAUAAGGUCAUUGCCGUUAACAGGAGAAAAUAAACUCGUGUUAUCAACUUCAGAAACAUUACUAUAUUUUUGUAUAAUUGAUCAUAAAAUCAUUUUAGGAGAGCCCAAAUGCGAACGGCAUCUAUGAGAAGGGAAUAUCAUGUUUUACUUAGUGGGCACUUCUAGGUCAUUCCCUAGAG